GAGAAAAUUAUGACAUUUGUGAAGAACGAGCUGAAGAUGUUCAAGAGGAUUCUUAGUCCAGAACUCCCAGAAGGCUUUGAGAGUCAGAAUCAGGAUAAGGAAGUGGUGGAUGCUGAAGAUGAGCAGCAGGAGAGCAGUGCCAGAAAGGGGGCUCUGAAGAUCACACUGCACAUCCUGAGGAAAAUGAACCAGAAGGAGCUUGCUGACACACUGGAGAAAUGUGAGCUUGCUGUGAUUUGCCAACGUGAACUCAAAUCUAGUCUAAAGAAGAAGUUUCAAUGUGUAUUUGAGGGGAUCGCUAAACAAGGAAACCCAACACUUCUCAAUAAGAUCUACACAGAGCUCUACAUCACAGAGGGUGGAACAGGAGAUGUCAAUAAUGAACAUGAGCUGAGACAGAUUCAGACAACAACCAGGAAACAAGCAAGACCAGAGACUGCAAUCAAAUGUAACGACAUCUUCAAACCCUUAACUGGACAAGACAAACCUAUCAGAACUGUGCUGACAAAGGGAGUCGCUGGCAUUGGAAAAACAGUCUCUGUGCAGAAGUUCAUUCUGGACUGGGCUGAAGGAAAAGCAAAUCAGGAUGUCCAAUUUGUAUUUUCAUUCCCUUUUCGGGAGCUGAAUUUGAUGAAAGAGGACAAACACACUUUCAUUGAACUUCUCAAUCACUUCUCAAUGGAAACCAAACAAUCAGGAAUCUCCAACUACAACAAGUACAAAAUUCUGCUCAUCUUUGAUGGUCUGGAUGAGUGCCGACUGCCCCUAGACUUCCAGAAGAACAAGAUCUGUUGGGAUGUCACAGAGUCAACCUCAGUGGAUGUUCUGCUGACAAAUCUCAUCAAGGGACAUCUGCUUCCCUCUGCUCUCCUCUGGAUAACUACCCGACCUGCAGCAGCCAAUAAGAUCCCUUCAGGGUGUGUUGACCAGGUGACAGAGGUACGAGGGUUCAAUGACCCACAGAAGGAGGAGUACUUCAGGAAGAGAUUCAGUGAUGAGGACCUGGCCAACAGAAUCAUCUCACACAUAAAGACAUCAAGGAGCCUCCACAUCAUGUGCCACAUUCCAGUCUUCUGUUGGAUUUCUGCAACAGUCCUUGAACACAUGCUGAAACAGAAGAGAGAAGAGAUGCCCAAGACUCUGACUGAGAUGUACACACACCUUGUGGAGUUUCAUACCAAACAGAAGAAUGAAAAGUAUCUUGGGAAAGAAGAGACAGGUCCACACUGGAAUAAAGAGAGCAUUCUGUCACUGGGAAAACUGGCUUUUCAACAGCUUGUGAAGGGCAAUCUGAUUUUCUAUGAAGAAGACCUGAAAGAGGCUGGCAUUGAUGUCAACGAAGCCUCAGUGUACUCAGGAUUGUGCACACAGCUCUUUAAAGAGGAAUGUGGGCUGUACCAGGACAAGGUGUACUGCUUUGUUCAUCUGAGCAUUCAGGAGUUUCUGGCUGCUGUAUAUGUGUUCCUCUCAUUCAUCAACAACAAUGAGAAUCUAAUGGAUGAACUGCAAACUAGAUCCAGGAACUUUUCUGUGAGGAUCAAACAAAGGCGUAAAGUUACUUUCUACAAGAGUGCUGUGGAUAAAGCCUUACAAAGUGAGACGGGAAACCUGGACCUUUUCCUCCGCUUCCUUCUGGGCCUCUCACUGGAGUCCAAUCAGAAGCACUUACAAGGUCUACUGACAAAGACAAGAAGCAGCUCACAGAGCCAUGAAGAAACAGUGAAGUACAUCAAGGAGAAGAUCGGGGAGAAUCUCUCUCCAGAGAGGAGCAUCAAUCUGUUCCACUGUCUGAAUGAACUGAAUGACCAUUCUCUAGUGGAGGAGAUCCAAAGCUACCUGAGAUCAGGAAGUUUCUCAGAAGAUGAACUGUCACCUGAUCAGUGGUCAGCUCUGGUCUUUGUGUUGCUGACUUCAGAACAGGAGCUGGAUGUGUUUGACCUGAAGAAAUACUCCAGAUCAGAGGAAGGUCUUCUGAGGCUGCUGCCAGUGGUCAAAGCCUCCAGAGCUGCUCUGCUGUCAGGCUGUGGAGUCACAGAGGAAGGCUGUGCUUCUCUGGUCUCAGCUCUGGAGUCAAACCCCUCACACCUGAGAGAGCUGGACCUGAGUAACAAUGAUCUGAAGGAUUCAGGAGUGAAGCUGCUCUCUGCUGGACUGGAGAAUCCCCACUGUAAACUCACACUGGACCUAAACACAGUAAACAGACUCCUCUCUCUGUCUGAGGAGAACAGAAAGGUGACAUGUAGGAGAGAGAAGCUGCCGUAUCCUGAUCACCCAGAGAGAUUUGAGGACCGUAGACAAGUGCUGUGUAGAGAGGGUCUGACUGGGCGCUGUUACUGGGAGGUAGAGUGGAGUGGGAUAAUGGGGGCUGUUAUAGGAGUGACAUAUAAAGGAAUCAGCAGGAGAGGAGGGGGUAAGGAAUGUUGGCUUGGAUACAAUGACAAGUCCUGGAGUCUGUUCUGCUCUGACAACAGUUACAUUGCCAGGCACAACAAUAAUCCCACUACCAUAGACGUCCCCUCCUCCAGAUCCCACAGAGUAGGAGUGUAUCUGGACUGGCCAGCCGGCACUCUGUCCUUCUAUAGAGCCUCUUCUGACACACUGACCCACCUGAUCACAUUCACCUCUACAUUCACUGAGCCCCUCUAUCCAGGGUUUAGGGUAUAUGAUGACUCCUCAGUGUCCCUGUGCCAGUGA